AUGACCGUGAACCCAAGGCACACGUCCGAGCUUCAGCUCGUAGCACAAACGGACCAGAAACGCUUUGACAAUGACGAGGCGCGGGUGCGGUACCGCAUCCGUACUAAGAUUAUGUCGGAGACACCUCGCGGGACCAGAUCGGAGCUUUGGAAGACGCUUGCAGACCAAGUUCAAUUGACGUUCUGCAUACCCAUGGAGUUGCUGCCUGGCCUUUGCGUCAUGCAUCAUCUGAGCAUCCGAUCAAUGAUUGUGUGGACGAGGCUCCCUUUGUGCGUUGGUCACACAAACGUUGAGAUUUUCAGGACUAUGCACUGGAUGAGCAAAGGGGAGGACCUACUUAUUGUUCGAAUCAGUUGCUGAUACACAUGCCAUAGGCCCACAGUUCUGGAUAGCACGCGAUGAAGCCCAUCCGUGGAUUACUAGCGUCUAGCCAGCCGCUGGACCUGUCAAUUUGAUGUCGGUAAAUAUCCCAUCGUAACAGGAAGUGAGGUCGUCAGACGUGCCUGUCCUCUGUCGACUCGCCAGAAACGGAUGGUCUCUCAGCGGCGUGCUGUGACUAACCGAGCGACUCUGUUCGUAUUCCCCUUCGGAUACUCCACAUCCCGUGCUCACACGGACUUCGUUGAGCGAGCGCGUACUACUAGGAAUGAAGGCUUGUUCGAAGCAGCUGUGAAAUUGAUUCGGAAGCACCGCAGUUCAUACGAUUUACGGCGCAAUUGCUCUGCGCCUACGCAAAGUCGAGAGCAAGUGAUCGUUCUUCCCGCUCACGUUCUUAACUGUCUCGAGCUCAAUUGGAAUCUAGACAAUGACACGCCCUAG